UUAUUAGAAAUUACAGUUUUAUACAAAUAACAUCUCAAUAAAAUCGUCGGUAUUGAUAGUAUCAAGUGUAAUAGUCGCUUACACUUUUGAUUUAUGCAAUUCUGACAAACACAUCUCCCAUCGAGCAUUGCGACCAUGCGCGAGAUCAGACAUCGGAUAAUAAAGGUGAAUCUCUCAAGAGUUUUGCAAUAAAAAGACAACAAACCGGCUGUGCAUGAACAUACCCUUAUCCAAAUGGCUCCAAUCAACGAUGUCAUGAAGCUCUGUUGUGAGUUGUCUGCCAAUCAGCAAAUAAAGACCACAGUAAAGGGCUCAAUGAAAGGUUCCGCUGCAGCCGGGGGUCUUGCCUUUGCUGGUGGGAUGCUCGGAGGUCCCCUUGGUAUUGCUGUAGGUGGUGCUGUUGGUGGCCUCCUGGGGUGUUGGAUGACGAGUGGACAGUUCAAACCACUGCCCCAGAUUAUUAUGGAACUGGCUCCCCAGCAGCAACAGAGACUGUACGAAGAUGUCCUGGCUAUCCUUGGCAACAUGCAGUGGACAGACCUAGCCCAGCUAACUGCACUAGUGAUGGGCAACUCCACCAUGAAGCAGCAGGUUACUGCAGCCCUGCUUGGCUACAUCACCAAGGAGCUUCAAGCUGAGGUUCAUUAUGUAGACUAGACCCUGGGAGAUUGUAGGAUAUUAUUUAUGAUAGGAAAGAAAGAAAAUCCAAUCAAAAGGUUGUGGUGUGUUUGGUUCUUUUUAAUUGUUUGAGGUUUGACAGAUGCACUCUUAAGUUAUGCUGUGGAAAGUGUCAAAGUUAACUGGAUGGAUCAAAUUGAUUCCUAAGAGAUAUCCGCAAGGCAGCUAUAUUGCGAUUUGUUUAUGCUGGUGGUAGGGUCACAUCUUUGGCCUUCAGGUUAAUAAACCAAAUUUUUGAAUUAUGUAUUCUUUAUACACAAUAAAAAAAUAAAAAUGGGAAUUUCCUGUGGUAUCAAACAAAAUAUUAAAUAUUUCUCAUCGUAACCUGCCAAUGUGUCAAACAUAUUGGUAGGUUGUCAAUGUAUGUAUAUUGGUUCCAAUUGCAAUGCCCGUAAUUCCCUGCAUUCUCUGGGUCCAAUCCGGCAGAGUACUAUAUUGUAUUACCUGUAGUUUACUGAGUACUAGAGGUAAUACAUAGUACUCAGUACUUCACUGUUAUACCUUAAAUUAUUCGCACUAUAAUAUCUAGUUUCAUGAGCAUACACUUUCUGUCCUAGCCACUAACAAGACUUGUUAAUGGAUGAUUUCCCCAACAUUUACGUUAAGCAAUGAGGUCACCCCUAAUAUUUACACAUUUAAAUGGCCAUAAAAAUAUGCUUUAUGCAAACAAGGAGUAUUUGAGUCAAACUACAUAUUUGCAGUUCUUUGACACCAUGAGUAAAAAAAAAUAAGACCGACUAAACCUUGCGGUAGCAUAAAUAUACUUUUAUUAAGGUAUAUUGGCUGUUUAUCCCACCUCAGUUUCCAAGACAGACCCAUUUAUAUACACAC